AUGACUAUGUACGAUAGUUCGCACAAGAAGACGCACAGACUGAAGGCAUUAGUAUUGCUUGCAUCUAUAACAUCUUUGGGCCUUUUCAUUGAUUACCUCUUGGAGGAACCUCUUUUACCAAAUGUUAACCAGAGUGAGAUUUUGGGAUUUAGAAGUGCUGAUCGUUCCAUCCGUGAAUACAAUAUUAAUAUUUCUGAUCAUAUUGUGAACACAGUUUUCUCGCAAGUUAAACAUUCGGCGAUACUUUCGCAGCCUCUGGAUAUAACAUACAAGGAUGUUAUUAAAUAUUGGAGAGAAAAAUACGACUGGAGAACACGCGAAGUGUACUUCAAUCAAUAUCCACAAUACACUACAAUCGUCCAAGGGCUUCAGAUUCAUUUCGUCCACGUAAAACCAGAGACGAGCAAUAAAACAGUGCCUCUUUUGAUGUUGCACGGUUGGCCCGAAAGUUUUGCAUACUUCUACGACAUUGUACCGCAGCUGACGAGCGGAAACGGCGACGUAUCGUUCGAAUUGAUAAUACCUUCUUUGCCCGGACAUUUCAUGUCGGAUCCAAUGAAGGAUAGGACAACGGUUCAUGUGGCAACGCUUUUCAAGAAUUUGAUGAAGCGCUUGAACAUCGAUAGGUUUUAUGUAUUUGGGCAAGGGGUUGGAUCAUUUAUUGGCACGGAUAUGGCAAUUUUAUAUCCGGAUAAAGUUAUGGGAUUGUAUAACACCAUGUGUUUAUCUCUCAGGAAGAUAAGCUUAGUGAAAUAUGCUUCUGAAACAAUUGUUAAUAAAGUAAUCAACGCGGAUAAAUCGAAAUACGAUAUGUGGAAAUCUUUCAACAAAAUGGUUUAUUUCUUAAACUACAUGCAAGGAAAUUUUAUUAGUCUGGACUCUUUAAGUAUUACAUUGUCGAGUUCACCAAUUGCUUUGGCUUCAUAUAUUUGGAAUAUCAUAUCUGUGGGAACUGAUUUAGAAGAGUACAAUAACCAAUUAUUUGAGUACGACAAAUUCCAUCAGAUCUUUCCAACAGUUUGUCCCUAUGCCACUCUACCAGUAUCCUAUAAGCACCAAAGUUCCAUGUUCUUGUCCCAAAUUUACCAAACAAAUAUUUUAUCAAGACUCUUGGAUAUACAAGGAUAA